UGUUGUCCUGGGUGUGUGAGCAGUGCUGAUGUUCCAGAGGGCUAACACUUUGCAGGUGUAGAGGAAGCACGCUGACCAUUGGAGGAAUAAAAGAGGCUUGUGAGGAACCCAGCCCUCACUCUCUCCCUGCACAGCUCACAGGACUUCAGCCAUGAGACUUCUCAUCCUGGCCUGCCUUGGCAUCUGCUGUCUCACUGCAUACGUCGUGGAAGGUGUGGGAAGUGAAGUCCCAGAUAAGAGUAUCUGUGUGAGUCUAACUACCCAGCGACUGCCAGUCAACAGAAUCAAGACCUACACCAUCAAGGAGGGCUCCAUGAAGGCAGUAAUUUUUAUUACCAGACGUGGCCUAAAAGUCUGUGCUGAUCCACAAGUCAACUGGGUGAAAGAAGCAGUCAAGAACAUAGACAGCAAGUCCAACACCAGAAGAAACACAAUCCAGACCAAGCCAACAGGAACCCAGCAGUCUACCAACACAACAGUGACCCUGAGGGGGUAGUGGUCUUCUGAUAACCUGUUCCUUUGCUAGCCAGCCAGUUCUUUUCACUUUAUAAGUCCAUGGACUAAGUAGGUUAUACGUACCUCUUCUGAACGUGCUGCAUGAAUCAAACUAUUCUUUUGUAUUUUUAUUUUUUAAUGUCUUGAAUAUUCAUUUAGAUGC